AUGGAGGCGGACGGGGAGCUCGACGACUUCUACAGGCACCACCAGUUCAAGCCUUCCAAGGAGGAGGCAAUCACCUACUUCUUGCCGCGCCUCCUCGCCGGCACGCCGCUGCCGCACGGCGCCGACAGCCUCAUCCGCCACGCCGACGUCUACGCCUGCGAGCCCAGGGACCUCGCCGCCCGGUUUGCGCCCGUGCCUAACGCCACCAGCACCGGCGACCGCUUCUUCUUCACGACCUGCAGGCGCAAGAGCGGGAACGACGCCCGGGUCGUCCGCCGCGCCGGGGCCGGCACAUGGACCAUCCAGACCACCGAGGACGUCUACCACGAGGGGGCCAAGGUCGGCGAGGCCAAGCACCUGUCGUUCAAGAAGGGCAAGACCACCACCGGCUGGGUCAUGAAGGAGUACCGCUGCCUGCGUCCGGAGGCCGUCGUCGCCGACGGGGAGAUGGUGCUCUGCAAGAUCCACCUCGCUCAGCAUGCGCCCGCCGCCGCCCGCCAAGAAUCUGACGCGUACAAGCUGCUUCCUCAAGAACCAGCACAGCCUGCACCCGCGCAGCAAUCGCACAAGAGGCCAGCGCCUGCUGCCGCGGCCGCCGGUCCGCCCUGCUCCAAGAAGAUGCGGAUGGCAGCCCCCGUCCCGGAACUUGAUUGCCCGGUCAUGCCCGCCGCGAGCACCCACGCACAGAAGCUGUACGGCGUUCCCGUGCCCCACGCGCCUGAAGCUGACGACGGGACUGAAGCUGACGACGACACGGGCCGGAUGUCUUGCACGAUGGAAGAGCUUCUCGGGCCACAACAAGAACAGGAGCGAACUCUCCCCGUGGAAGAUGAGGACUUCGACUGGGAUUCACUCAACAGGGAAUCAGAAGUGCACCUGCUGCUAAGGCCUUGGGAUGAUGAUGGCUGGGAAUCAGAGGAGCAAACUCCCCGGUCGAGGCUGAGAAGAUCGACACACACCAGCCUGCGCCAUCAGCUGACUGGGAGCUUCCAGAGGACCUGCGGAGCCUCUUGGCUGAGCACGACGACCAAGAAGCACUGCUCUACAUGGGGUGCAGCUACAACACCGUAG